AUGUCACAACGUGUGCCCGGAAGUGGCAUUCCAGAUCAAUUCAUAUCCGAUCUCGUGAAUAUAGCUGUUGAUGCCAAGCGUAAGAAUCCAGAAAUUAGACAUGCUUGUGACCAUUCAAUCGAUAUACUCCAGCCAUUUUCUUCUUCUAAUAACAAAGUGAAUGAAAAUCCUAAACUAAAAGGGAAUUUUGAAGAGGCAAUUAAAAGUCGCCCAGAAUUUAUUUCACCCUUAUUGAUGGCUUGCCACUCAAAGAACCCCAAAUUAAUUAUUAAUGCCAUUAAAAUCUUGGGAAGAGUAGUCCAACUGAGAUUAAUCCCUGAUAAUAAGAAUUUAGUAGAGCAAAUUGUUGAUGCUUUGUCAGAUGCAUCUACUUUGGGGGAUGAGGUACAAGUUAAACUGUUACAACUGUUGCCCACGUUUGCUCAAAUCAAUGCAAGAUAUAUCACUGGUGAGACAUUGAGUAAGCUAUUAUUCAUCUGUUCCAAUCUUCAGACUGCUAACAAAUCACUACUGAUUAUAAAUACAGCACAGGCUACGUUUAGUCAAAUCAUGGAUAUUGCUUUUCAGAAGGUCGGUUCCGAGGAAAUGCCAAGUACUACUUUUCAUGAAAUCAAUAUCGAUGAUCACAUCCAGAUGGAAGUUGAUGAUUUCUCAUUUGAUGCAUACCGUAUACUUGAUGACAUAUGUAGUUUAGUCGAGCAUCACCGACCAUCUUUUUUGAAGCCUGCAUACAUCUCCGAAGACUAUGGUUUUGAGAUUCUGGAGAGCUUGAUCAAGAAUAACUCAGAGUUAUUUCGUAAGCAUGCUGAGUUAGCUUCCUUAUUGAGAACAAAGCUUGCUCCGAUAUUACUUAGGUUCAUUUCCUCUAGCAAGGAUUUCAAUUUAAUGGUGAAGGUUUGCAGGAUAAUUUUAGUAUUGGUUACUGAAGUAUUUGAAGUCAUGAAAAUUGAGUCAGGUGUGAUUCUUUCUUUACUGACACAUAUUUUAACAAAAGAAUCUGGUUCACCAUAUUGGAAGAAAGUGAUGGUUUUAGAAAUUUAUGUGGCUAUUUUCAAAAAUAUUACAUUACUAGAACAACUUUUCAAGGAGUUUGAUAUUAACGCUGAUCAACCAAGUAAAAGUUUAGUCAAGGAAUGUUUGCAAGCAUGUUUAACCAUUGUCAUUGAGAACAAAAGUUUACUAAAUACAGGAGAUUUAGUUCAGCCCCCUUUCAACCUCCAAAUUAAAUCAGAGCAGCAGCAAUCAUUGCCUAGUGGUUUAAACUCUAGUGAUUUCAAAGAUAGUGUUAGGUUUAUUGACUCCAUUGACAAACAUGAAGCGCCACAUGUGGUUCCAACAUACUCCCUUUUUAUGAUUACUCAAAUGUUUACUGCUCUCUCUAGCUGUAUCCAGCAUUCUACGCUGAAACUAAUGAAGAUUGCAGACCCAGUCCAAUAUCUCUCUCCAGAAGCUUUGGAUCAGCACAAAUCUGAAGAGAAUGAUGAGGCAAAGAAAGCAUAUAAUUGCAUCUAUGAGUUGAUCAGACAUACAUGGGAAAUACAGCUACAAACAGCUGACAUAUUUAUUCAUUCGUCUUUGGAUGAUGAUUCAUUCACCAACGUACUAACUAUUUUAGAAAAUUUGUGUUAUUGUGCUGGUUCCUUAACUUUUGUAGAAGUUCAACACGUUGUCUUUUCUUAUCUAGCGGUUUGUACACUAAAGCUAGAUGGUAGUUGCGGCUACAAAAGCAAAGUUCUUUCUUUUGGUGAAUCUUUGGUUGGCACGAUAAGUUCUACUUUAGGGCAUGCGGUAUCAAAUAUUGGUAACAGUUCUCAUGAUGAUAAGUAUGAACCACAUAUUAAAUUUUAUCCACGCUCAAUCAAUUCAAGACAUAUAUUAUGUUUCCACACACUAGUUAGGUUAGCUGUUUCAUUAAGCAAGCGUUUAAACAAAGAUUGGGAAAUUAUUUUAAUAGUCUUGCAGUGGAUGAGCUACUAUGUUGAUGGACCUAGUGGUUUCAAAAAGAAGGAGUUUCCUGCUGUUUCGGAAUAUUUGAGUAACAGAGAUCUGCAAAUUGUCGAGCAUUCACUAACCGAACUUAACAAGAGUAUCUGUAACCUAAACACGGAGACCUUUACGAUUCUACUCAAAUCCAUCAUAUCCUUAUCCUGUAAGGUAUUGGAUGAGCCUCACGAAGAGCUAUUUGGCCAACUACCUGUUGAUAAGGAUGGUAACAUUCAACCAUGUGUCUUUAAUAAGCUGUUUUACGUUAGCAAAAUUACUGAUGUCUCUUCCAUUAGUCCGACAAAAUUUAUGAUCCUUUCCAGUGACAACAUGGAUAGCAUUCGGGCGUUUUUUAGCAAUAUAGUUGGUAAUAGAGACUACUCAGAUGAAACUAGACAUCUUGGAAGUAGAAAUUUUAAUGCAAUUAUCAGGGCAUCAGCGGAAUCUGGGUUUGAAGAUAGUGACCCAAAGAUACAUGAACGAACAGAGUGCGAAGUUCUAGAUCAGAUGUCAAGAUUUAUGAUGGAUUUAUUUGAGCUCCCAAUGUCAAAUGAAUUACUAGUUGCAAAUUGUGAAGGCGAAAUUUAUCUUCAAACACUUGAAACACUGAGGAAUAUCGUUGAUAGAUUUGGCAGCCUUAUUGCGUCAUCUUGGGAUAUUGUUACGGAAAUGCUAAACUUCCCAUUUUCACUAAUCAAAAAAGCUGAAAAUAAUGCGCCCAAAGAAAAUGCUUUACGUGAAAUAAUCAUCACACUAUUAAAAUCGACUUUUGAAACAAUGAAAGUAAUAUUGGAUGAGUAUUUGCAAUGUAUUCCAAAGAGCCAAAUCAAGAUCAUAAUUGAUAGUUUACAUAACUUUGUUAAUCAAGCUUUUGACUUAAAUAUCUCCUUCAAUGCAAUAAGUUAUUUCUGGAUAAUAUCGGAUUUUAUCAAAGAAAAAGUUGAUGUCUCACCAAAAUCCCCAAAAAAGACUUCCUUGAUUAGUACUGAAGCUGCAUUAUCAUCCUAUAUAGUUAGCACCCCAGCGAAUGAUUUUGAAUUCUACAAGUACUUAUGGGUUUACCUCGUUUUGCAACUUACCAAAACUAUGUUAGACAGGAGAGCACAGGUUCGUAAUGGUUCAAUCAUUACUGUUUUUAAUAUCAUUGAUUCAUUUCCUUCCGAAGAUUCUUUAUGCGAAAUACUUUUCAACUUGGUUUUGUCUCCGGUAAUAUUAAAGACAAGAGCACCAUCCCUGAUUUCCAUGAAACCACAGGAACAAAAUGAAUGGAUGGAAAGUUUUGUGAAUAUUAUUAAUGGUCUUUCUAAGUUCUUGUUAACGUAUGUUCCAAUUAGCAAAAGAAAUGAAUUCGCGGACACAAUGAAGGUUACAAUCAGUUUUUUCAUACACUUGGUAAAUUUGGACUAUGGGUGGGUAGAACUUAACAAUAGCAUUUAUAAAAGCUACCAUGACUUACUCAACAAAAUAAGCGAAGCCGAUGUUCCACCCCAAAAUGAUUUGUUAGAAUCAUUGUAUGAUUUCUGGGCUAAAAUAAAAAUUAACUACAACUUUGGUAAUCCUUCAAUGUAUCAAAAAGCAUUACUCACUCUUGUUGGUUGUUUCCCUUUGUCAAUGAAACUCUUUAUCCCUAUAAUGAACCCAGAAAAGUUUGAAAAAAUGCUAAUGGUGUUGAACCAUUGUAUCAGAUAUCCGAUCUUGGCUGAUUCAAGAAACGAUGAUGAAAGGUGUACGUUUUUACAAGAAUCAAUUUUGAAAAAUCUAGAGAAUCUCAUUUUCGAUAAAACUGACGAAUCAUAUUAUGCAUACCAAUCUAUUAUAAUUCAGCAACUUAACAUGAUUUUAGUGUUGCCAUUUCACACACGUGACCUAAUUGUUAAAAAACUAGGAGAUAAAGGAGUGAAAAUUCCUACAUUUGUUGCGGCAAGUGGUUAUAGUAUGAGGAUUCUCAAGUCUCAAAUUAAAGACAUGUCAGAUUUAACCUUCCUUAAUGACCAAUCGAUUGUUAAGGUAGUGAAGUCUUUAAUCGAGCCUAGCAAGUUAAAGAGGGAUAUCUUGAUUGUCAAUGACAAUAAUGAGAAAACAUACCUUUGGAUGGUAAGUUACGAACUUUUGACAAGUGUAAUAGUCAAAUUUUUAGGCAUGAUAAUGGAUAGACAAGAUAAAUUAUCGCCUACAACAAUUAGUAGGCUAAAUGAAUUUCUUCCUAAUUGUUUACAAGCAUAUGAAUGUUGCUUUAUUGCACAUGAUGCAAGUAGUAAAACAAAUGAUUUCGCAUAUUCACAGUACAAGUUACUAAGCGCUACGCUACUGAAGUUUAUCAACCUCUACUACGGUACUCAAGAAAACUACCAAGUUUCUAGGGAAUUGGCCGAAAAGUUUGUUUCUAUCACUUGGGAGUUCUCAUUUUUUUACAAGCACGAUUCCUUGAUGGAGUCAUUCUUCGGGUCUGAUGUAUCAACUUAUACUUCGAUUACUGAACUUAUAGAUAUAUUGACUUUUGAGCCAAACUGGAAUAUUUACGGGAGUACUGAACCUAUUGUCAUACAUUCCCAUAUAAGGUUAUUGUCUUCCUGUUUUAAGGAUCUCUACAAGAUGUCAAAUGCUCGAGAAUAUUCCGAGAUCAGCAAAAUUGCAUUUCCAUUUUUCCUUGUAAGAUGUGCUUAUGGACUACGAAAAUAUCUUAUGCAGUCAAAGCAAAUCAAGCGUAUGCCUCUUUCUAAAAUACUCGUCAUUGAGAUGGAAUAUGUAUCAGAAGCAUUAAACGGUUUAAUACAGCUAGAGUCUAAUAAUGAAAGAAAUGCUAUGUUUGAAAAAAUUCUGCCGAUGGUCUUUCAGUUAAACAGCCAUGGCGCUACAGAAGCUACUCAGAAGAAUUUAGCAGAAAUGAGUGUUCAAUUUAUAACAUCUACUAAGAAUGGCUCAGUUUAA